UACAUCGCGGGCUGGCUCCUCCAAAUAACAGGCACCCUCAUCCGUCUUGCCUGCUAUCGCGCACUUGGUCGACAGUUCACAUUCGAGCUCGCGAUCCGCGACGAGCACAAGCUGGUCACGAGCGGGGCAUACGCCGUCGUGCGCCACCCUGCUUACGCUGGGUCCAUCAUGGUGCUGUCAGGCACGCUGUUGUGCACCUUCGGCCCUGGGUCCUGGAUUCGCGAGUGCGGUUGGCUCGAGACGGUCGCGAUGCAGUGCGUCGCGGCGCUCUUCGCUGGAUGGGCUUCCUGGAUCGUGUUCUACCAGAUAAAGCGGACGCGUGUUGAGGAUGACGCGCUGCGCGAGAAAUUCCGGGGGGAUUGGGAGGACUGGGCGGAGAGGGUGUCUUACAGGCUCGUGCCGGGACUGUUCUAA